AUGAUACUAGAUCCAUUGUCUCCAAAUAUUGAAAAUCAUUCCCAUGAUGAAAUCAUCGACUUUUGGGAGAAAAUUGAGUCCAUUGCCAAUAUACCAAAAGAUAAACUGGAUGAGUCCCACGUCAAUUCAAGCCUUGUCGCGUACCUCAAGUUUGCCACGGAUUCCUAUAAAGUGUUUAUCAAUACCGAUCGAGAUCUCUAUCGAAUGUCACUGAUUUUGUUGGAAUCGCCUCUAUUUGAAUUUGAAAAAGAGUUUUGCCUGAGCAAAUUGCAAUCACUACUCAAUAUAGACCUACUGGAAAUGAAUAUGAAGUUUAUUAUAGUUUAUGUCCUUCUCUGCGAAGCAAAGAAAAACGUCCACUCUUUAGAAAUUAUGCUCAAAUUCCAAGGGUUUACCGUAUUUUAUAACGCUUUAUACACUCAAUUUGCUUAUUUGAGCAAGUAUGGAGAAGAAAAGAGAACUGUUAAUAAACAGCGAUAUAAAACUGAUGCUGCCAACACGAUUACACCUUUGGACUGUUUGGUCCCAAGUUUGACUGACAUUGAUUUGGGUAUUAUAGAUGAAAUGAAGCAAAUUUCUACCGUUUUGAUGGAUUUAUUAUUUCAAAUCUUAAAGUAUUGUAAAUGCGUUAUUGCCAACCUUCAAAUUGUUGACGAUUUCUUUGUUUACUUUUUGAUGGAAACGAUAAGGUCUGAUAUUAUGGAUGAUAUGUUCAACAAUGCACAAUUUAAGCUGUUGUUGGCAUUAAAUGAACAAUAUAUGAUGUUUGCCAAAGAAUACGAAAUCGAAAACAAAGUUUAUAAGUAUUUGAUCAACGAGUCAGUGUCCAAAUGCUUCAGUGAGUUGCUGCUAUUAAAAUUUAAUAGAGUAUCGGAUCCUCCUUUACAAAUCAUGAUGUGCAAAAUCAUUUAUCUAAUCUUGACACCAAGGAGCGAUCAUGCUCCAAUAAGUUUUUUUUAUACAAAUGAUUUGCACGUUCUUACUGAUGUAUUAAUAAGAGAGCUCCAGAACAUAAGUGAAGAUGAGGAGAUAUUGAGAAAUACCCUCUUAAGGGUCCUUAUCCCAUUAUUAAAAAACACACAAUUAUCUAAGACUCAUUAUAGAAAGGACGAUUUAAAUAAAUUAUUGCAGUAUCUGUCAACUCUAGAUAAUAUAUGCGCUGACAGUCCGGUACUACACGAACACCUAGUCACAGUAAGGCUAUCACAAAAGUGUCUUCAACAAAUUCCUUGGCUAGAGGAUCCGCCUACGCCUCCGAAUGAAAAUUCACCGGCCUCUAGUAAUGCGACUAGCAGAGACUCCAGUAUAUUUACUCUAGGAGGGUCUGAUAACCAGAAUGCCUUGACCCGUAAAGGCCAUCUUUAUAGCAAUCGUGGACUAGACGUUUCUGCAGAAUCUUUAACUAAAAGAAAAGCUAGAGCUCCACCACCACCACCACCACCAUCAAGAAAAUGUGGAACUCUGAAAUGA